AUGUCAUCAGAACGUGAACUCUUGAUCAAUCGUUUACGCAAUCCGAAUCGUAGCCUCGAAACAAUAAAGAAAAUGGCAAAACAAAUUGCUCAAGAUAAGAGAGCAGUUGACCCGAUCAGAAUUAAUGCCUUUCAGGUAUUAAAGCGUUAUUUCAUCAUAGAACCCAAAGUCAAGGAAUUGCCUAUUGAAGAUAAACAGCUGUUAGCAAAAUUGUAUAGAGAGCAAAGAAUAAUAAGUAUCUAUGCAGAGAUUGCAAACAAAAUCCGCGAGUUGUUAGAAUUAGAUGAAUCAAAUACCGAAAAUAAAUCUCCCGCAUCAGACAUUUUACCUAUUCCAGAACUGGCAGGUGGUAUUGAUAAUCUUUAUUCUACUAUAAUAAGACUUGUGCAAACUUUUGUGAAGCCUACCAUGCCUUUACUUGUACCUUCUACAGGCACUAAACCAUAUACAAGAAACCCUGUAACUGAAGGAGGGAAAAAUGCAGCUAGUGCCCAUUAUCUAUCAAUUACACAAUUUACAAGGGUAAUUUUUCAUCCCGAUGAUGAUAAAUUGUUUGAACCAAAAUGGCAUAUUCCAAUGGUUCUUGUAAAUGGUUAUAAUACCAAUAUCCAAAUUAUAAACCUUAAGUCAAAAAUCAACUCAAUAAUGGCCUUCCCAACAGAUAUCAUUCAUAAUUUAAGACGAAUAAUUAAUAGUAAUGAAUUAGUUCCAAUGCAUCCAUGGUAUCGUAGUUUCCAAGGCAAAAUAAAACAAAUUGAAGGGAAUAAAUAUUUUUCAUAUGGUGUUUUGACCAAAAUAGGUGAAGCACACAUAAUGAUUUCUGAAUUUCCAGUUCGUAAAUGGACUGAAAAUUAUGAAUCGGAACUUGCUGACUUGAUAGCAAAUGGUUUUAUUAAGGGCAUUGUGAAAAAUAAUUGUAUAAUGAAAGAAAUAGACCUUGAAAUCAUCAACAGAAAAAUAUUUCAAGUUGCAAAAUAA